GUCACCGGUGUCAUUCUACGGCGUUUUGUUGGUGGUUUGGGGGGAGGAAGGAAACCGACAGAAGCAGUGCUCCUCAAUCCUCAAUCCUUAAUCCUCAAUCCUCAAUCCUCGAACACCAGACUCUUGUUGAUUAUAUCUUAUUGAUGAUGACGACCACGAUUCUCAUGAUGAUGAUGCUGCUGCUGUUCUGUUUGGUGAUGCCUUCCUUGACCUCUUCUUUGCCGUUGACAUGUAAUCCUCCACCAAAUACCUUCCUCCACCAUCUUCACCGUCGUUGUCCUCCCCAGAUCCCAUCGUCCACCUCUAUCCAGGUGGAUGGCGAAUUCCUCGAACAAGUUUUAAGAUCUAUACAUAAGGAUGUAUAUACCGCUGUUCUCUUUUACGACUCUAGGUCUCCGUUUUCAAGUAGCAUGAGAUCUAAAUUUGAUAUUCUGAGUUCCAUGUUCCCACAAGUUGGCCACAUAGCAGUUGAACAAUCAAUGGUCAUGCCAAGCUUAUACUCAAGAUUUGGGGUCCACGGUUUACCUGCACUCUUCAUUGUGAACCAAGCUGCACGGAUACGCUAUUAUGGCCCGAAAGAGCUUCAUUCCCUGGCACACUUUUACAAGAGAAAUACUGGAGUUGACCCUUCAGAGUACCAUGCCCAUAAUGAUGCCUCUGACAUAAUCAAUGGUGAGAUAUUAUCUGAACCAUGGUAUUGGUUAUCAUGGAGAGAGAUGAUGGUGAAAGAACCAUAUUUGGUUUUCGCAAUUCUAUUCCUGGUGUUGCGGGGGUUCCUCUAUAUUUCUCCGGAAAUCUGGCCUCGUGUUACAGCUUUAUGGGUAUUGUGCAAGCACCAAUUAAAUUUGAGGAUUUUGGGAGAUUCGAACCCGUUGUUGGACCGUGCUUCUCACGUAAUGGAUGUUAAGAGAGCAUGGAGUAAGCUGAAACUAUGUAAGAUUAGAAAUUUUCAGAAAGGGGCCAGAAGUGCGCGUGUUUGGGCCUCUUCUUUGGCUUCUGUUUCCUUGGGUGAAUCAUCGAUGCAAUCAUCGUCAAUUGAGACUUAAAUUGUUCUGCGGGCCUUGGAUGCUCCGAAGUGUGUUUACUUGUUGUUGGCUGUUCUUCCAUAGUUUCUGAAGUCAUGGCCGAAGCUAUAAUAGUUGGAGGCUGAUAUUCUAUCGAUUAUAGUUAAACUGAUCUUGUAUAGUUUAUACAUUUCUCAAUUACCCUUUUGCCCUUUUCUUUUUAUUUUUAUUUUAUCUGGGGGUUUUGUAAAUUAGUUUUUUUUACUGUUCGCUGUCGAGCCAUUGGCCAUAGAUAGAGCUCCUUAGUUUAGCAAUCCUCUGAUUUAUCUCUAUUAUUACUAGGGACUUGCCUUACAUAGUUGAACAUACAAGCUGGAAAUGGGGAAGCAAAGACUGUUUUUGGGUCA